CAACAUGCUUCAUCGGAGCUCCUUUCUUUUCCUCAUUCACUGCUGAAAUCGCGCGACUAGCUACCUCUGUCGUUGACCUUUAUCUCCUCCAUUUGGAGGAAGUUAAUGAAGACGUCGAUAUAGAGGAAACGACGACCCUAUCAGACCUCAUCUUAAUGCACUACGACCGCAGCAUCUCAAUCGACUAGAUAUUGAACUGUCUACCAGGGAUUGUCGCAAGCUAUUCCGGUUUACCUUACGACAGGUCCAGGAAAUGUCGGAACUCCUCUUACUUCCACCAAUAAUCACAACAAAGGAUAGGGACAACGCAGAUCGACGUGAAGUCCUGGCGAUAGUCCUCGCUCCCCUUGUAUACCCUGGUUGUCUUUACAACCUUUCACUUCUUUUUGGAAGAUCUGUCAUCAUUAAGCAGGACUAUUGCUCACAUCACCAAGUUCAUCGUAAGGAGCUGGAGAAAGUUGCUUAUCUUUGACCAUGUUAGGUUAACGUCUCCGGUUCUUCAACAUUUCACAGCUCAAAUGUAUGCAUCAGUGGCCACUACAAGAUCCAUGGCUUCAAAUUCCAGUCACUUCUCACACGAGACUGUCUCACGUCGUUGACGGAGACAUGGACAGAGGUUAUAUGUUGGAUUUCAACAAUAAAACAUUUCCCUG